AGCCUAGUUUAACGUUUAAUCAUUCAAGCACAAGCUGAAGUCAAGCACUGGAAAGUCAGCGGAACGAUUGGAUAUUGUCGACAGAUUUCGGAAAGAAGCAUUGGAGGGAUUCAGGCACAGUACCUUCAACGUGACCACAGGAUUGUCCUACACUGCACAGUCUCUGAUGCUCGGGCGCCAAACGUUCUAGGUUUUUAAAAAGGGUAACCUCGCUUCAUCUGUAUCAACUACAUCAAUUCGCACGGAUAUAAUUCAAGCGUAUAACUAACUCGAAAUUAGUUUCUCGGACUGAAUCGUUUUGAAGCCUUGAUGAAAAGCGGAUGAUCAAAACGCGGUCUUAUUUUCCGAUGUCUUCGUAGCAGAAGGUUCAGAACGCAGGGCGUGAUACAGAGCUAACUGGCUUGCUGUCAAGUGAUGGAACGUUCCAAGGACGUCUAACAGUCUAAUGUCAUUAUCUGUGUCAACAUAGCCUGUGAUAGAAUAUCCUUCUCACACAUUCAGUUUUGUCAAACUCAACUUUCCCGAUAGUCGUGUGAAAUUCAGGAUUUGCCAUGUGGCUGGGGGAUUGUUUUGUGAGAUGUUGUGGAGCCUUGAAUGGCAUCCCAGCUCGGAUCUUUUGCAUUCUGCUUCUACUCGCCCAAGGAGGGAUUCUGGAUUAUUUCUUGGCCAAACAUCAGACCCAAGCCAGCUGGGCAUGGAUAGCAUUCGACCUUGUCAACGUCGGCCUCUUCAUCGCCUCCUUCGUCAUAUCACGACGACACCUUGCACUACAGAAAGCUGGGGACGAGCAAAGUAAAGCGGUCACAAUUGGUUGGUUGGCAUGGCUUGUGUACUCGGUAAGCCUAGUAGCAAGGAUGGCCAUAGCGUUCAACAAAUUCUCCUUUAGGUUAAGCGAAGACACAUUCUUUGGCCCCAAUACAUUAAAGACGUCGCUAGCCUUGGCGUCGUGUGUCUUCAUCUUGCUGUUGAUGUCCCAUCAUGACGCUCCUGCCGCUAGCGAACGCAGGCGAUACAUUGAAGACCUUACUGGAACCGUUGUCUUCGACGUGUUGGACACCGUGGAUGUCUUAGAGGUGAUGUUCGACAAGACAUCAAGGGACAUGUUCCUGCCAGGACUUCAGCAAACUGUUUUAGCGGUGGCAGGUCUCAAUCUCAUUAUUCCAACAGUGCCCUUGAUCACACUCAGCCUAACCAACUUCGGAUACAAGAAGAUGCCGAAACGUCUUGUGGCGCUACACAAGUUACUUGUGGUACUGGUGGUGAAUGUUCCCAAUCUGCUUGUUCGGUUAGUUCUCUGGCAUGGCUUCAGUGUAGGAAUCUCUCCCUUUAUGCUCAAAAACCUCAUCCUCAUCUGCAUCGUCAUGUACGAGUUUUACGAACACAAGAAGAUGAAAUAUGACGAACACGCCGAGGAGAUUGAAAUGAGAAAGAAAGGUUUACGGGGCACUGCUAAUCCUGCUGCUGUAAAUGGACAAAGUGGCUUAACAGAAUUCUCGAUGCAAGAACGUAUUUAAAUCUAAUAUAUCAUUUCACAUUGCUCAUUGAAAUCGCCGUGAAGAAUCCUAUUGAAUACCAGUGCCAGAUACCAGAAUGUCACAAUCUGUCAAAUAUUAGUGAUAUAAUCUGCUUGUCAUAUGACUUAGUGGCUAAUUUUAGCAUCGUGUUACUCGACUUGGACUCAGUACGAGGCGAUGUUGGCGAAUGACAUCGGUCCAGGGUAUUUCUCGCAAUAGUAUUCAGAUAUAACUGACCAUGUAUAUAUUUUUGUCAUGUAUUUGUUUUCGGAGGUAAAUCUAAGAUAGUUUCGAUCUUUGCGCAUAUCCAGUUAUAAGUCUGAUUUGAUUUUCUGCUUCACAACUAUCUGAUGCAAUCACUGCUGGGUUUUACUUUUAUGGCAAUUAGAUAUAUCAUAAAAUCCAUUAACCAUAAAUCCUACAGGUUUUAUUUGUUUCAUUUAUGGUGCAAAGUAUGACCACCACAUGAGCUUGUUGCCACAUGAGGCAACCUAUUUCAAGAUCUUACGACUAACAUACCUGACACGAGCGACUGUCCAGUUCUUCAAGGUGAGAUAUUUAAUUAACGUCGUUUUUCGAGUACGCCAUCAUACAUGGCAUGUUAUUGUAAAACGAAAAUGAAAAAAAUAAACGUUAUGAAAACGUUACGCCUCUGAGAGAAACAAUGUUGUCAUCCUAUUGUUAAGUUGACGUCAUGACGUCAUGUUAUAACUAUGUGACGUAAUAAAAUGAGUGACGUCAUGUUUUAUUGGUCUCAACAAUGACACAAUGUGACGUUGCGUUGCUUCCACACACCAAUCAGCAUUGGGGAUCAGUUAUAUGGGCAAAUAUCGGAAUGGCAUUAUACCUCAUCUUUCUGCCCUUAUGUCCUGUCCAACCCAACGUUCUAUGCGAUCUACCUGGUACCUCUCCACAGAUGGGAUGUGAGAGAUCUGAUUUGCCACAUCUUUCACAUCCCAUUCAACAGAUUUUAUCAUCUAUUUCAUGUUCAAUACAUAUAUAUUUAUAUCAUUAAGAUAUGUCACAUACAAUGUUUCCUUGAGAAAAUAUUCCAUAACGGGGGAAAAAUAUUUCCUUUUGUGUAUUUGUCCUGUGUUUACAUCGGUUAUACGGAUCCAAGUACAGACAUCGAAACCCUGUGGAUAGGGUGCGAUAUGUCGGGGUAUUUUGUAAACAUAGAUAGUACCGUUUUUCCCGAUAUCAGUCGCAGUAGCAUAUCUAUCGAAUUAUGCAAGGAGUAUGCAAAGCACAGUGUGCCCUGAAUUAGGAAUACUAGCGUUUGUUUAGAAACAUUAGAAAAGUUUAGUUAUGUGAUAUUGCAUGUUUCUCAUGUUGCAUGAAUAUCGCCCAGAACCAGUGUCCAACCUCCAGACUGACCGUAGCUUAUGUCAUUAACUCAUCGUCUGUAACAACGUAGAUCUUCCGUUUAGCUGAGACGUGACCUUAGUGGGUACUGAACUAAGAAGGUUUUUUGAUUGUUUUUACAGUAUUUCCAGCUGUAUCUUGACGGACGAUAAUUCUGUCAUCAGGGCAUGGCGUGUAUUAAGCCAGUAUUAUCUUCCAUCUAGACCUCCGUGUUACAUGUGUGCCAGUUAUAACUGCCGUGGUUCACACGAAAUGCUGGAAACCAGACCAGAUGUUUUUCUUGUGUUUUCUUAUCGUUUUGUGGGUUUCGUUUGGUUUACUAAGUCUAGCCCCACAAAAGCAGGCCAGCAUGGCGGAAACAAUGAUCCUAUUUAUUCUUCAUUACAUUUACAGAUGUGAUAUAUAAAGGAUAAAUUAUUUCAUGGAAUGAGUGGCAAAUAUAGUUGUGUACCAAUAUUUACACUUUCUAAAACGUUUACAUAAAACAAAUAUUAUCAACUGUAUCGAUUUAGGAGCAAUGGAAAGCGUUUUCACAUUCUGAACUACAAUCGCAUGAAUGGAUGUCACAUAAACUAACCGAAGCAUUAUGCAUGAAAUCGAUCUGAUUUUAUCACUAAAAUGGUCUGAUCUUCACACGAAAAUUAUUUGAUUUUAGCGAGGUACAUCCUGUAGCCUAUUACGCAGAUUAUUUACUUUUUGCGCCACUAUUUGUUACACGUCACGUGUUACGAACGUCACAAAAUGUUCAAGAUACUGCCCUCAUGUUUUAUGUAACAUGCUUAUGUUAUGUUAUAUUUAGAAUCAUGUAUCUUACAUAUAUAUUUUUACUCACAAGGAAAUAGACUUAUAGCUUUAACCAAUCCUUUUGUAUAUAGAUACAGAUGGACUGAGACAAUGAAUAAAUUACAGGUUGUAGUAUGA